AUGGCAGCAGACCACGCUAACGGCGAUGACUCGUCCGAUGAUGGAUACCUUACAGAACCCGAAUUGAACGUGCUACGGGAGGUCACUGAAGCCCUCAUUGCACCUGGAAAGGGGAUUCUCUCCGCCGACGAAAACCCUUUCUUCCUAGGAACGCGGAUGAUCAAUGCUAACGUCGACGACACGCCGGAUAACCGCUCUCGAUUUUACGAACUUGUAUCAACCGUCAGUCCGACAAUCGCUGCAUACAUCUCUGGGGUGGCGCUUAAUUAUGAGGCGAUUAAUAUGAGGACGGAUGACGGCGUAUUCCUUACCAAUUUCAUAGAGAGCAGAGGUCUGCUACCGGGUGUCAGAUUGGACAAAGGCGUGAGACUCAUUCCAGGGUUUAAUGAAGAGUACUUAACUCUGGGAUUGGAUGAUCUUGAAAUAAGGUGCGAAUUUUACAAGAGAAUAGGCUGCUUCUUUGCUAAGUGGCGAUGUGUCUUCAAGGUGGAUGAUCAGCGGCCCACGAUACCCACUAUAAUCGAUAAUUCCUACAACCAAGCAAGAUUUGCUACAAUCUGCCAACAAAACGGCAUGGUACCAAUCAUUCAGGCGGACCUUUUAACAGAUGGUGGUCACAAUCUGCACACAACCCAGAGGGCGCUUGAGGACACGCUUACCAUCUUGUUCAAUACUCUUGCGAAUCACAAAGUCUAUCUGGACGCCAUGCUUCUUGAACUAAGCCUGGUCACUAAGGCUGACUGCUGUCGGGAAAGAUUCAGCUAUCAGCAGAACGCCCUUGCCACACUAGAGACCAUACAAAAAAAAGUUCCAUCCAUCGUUCCUGGCAUCCUCUUUCUUUCUGGAAAUUUGUCGCCGUUGGACACCCUUAGCACUUUGAACGCCAUGAAUCGGAGUGAUACGCGCAAGCCCUGGGCGCUGACAUUUAGCUUCGGUCGCAGUAUGAUGAACUCGGUCCUGAAAAUUUGGAAUGCCAAGGACUCCAAUGUUCCCUUUGCUCAAAAGGAACUUCUUAGGCUUUGCAAGGCCAGCAGUGAGGCAGCUACUGGGAACUUUUGCGGAUGUCUCGACACAGAGGUCAACGCGCAGUCCCUGUUUGUCGCGAAUCACGUCUUGUAG